UCAUCCUGCUACUCCCUAACGGGCCGGAAAUGUAAAGUGCUGCAGCAAGAACGAUUAAUCCACGGCUAGCUAGCGUCGCAUGACAUGCGCCACGUAACAUCGCGCAUAGGAUCCAUGGGCACCAUCUCCGUCGCCGUCGCCGUCGUUCUCGUAUUCCUCGCGCGGGCAAUCCAUGCCGAGAUCAGGACGAUGCUCAUCGCGUCGGACGCGCGGCCGCUGAUCCUCUUCGAGCAGUUCGGCUUCGCGCGCGGCGGCAAGGCCGCGCUCUCCAUACGCCGCUCGGAGUGGAGCCUCCGUCCGGGGUCGCGCCUGGCCGGAGGAGGAGUCGACCCGACCCUCAUGGGUUUCGUCCUCAUCUCCGGCGCCCAGUUCCCCAAGAUCAACAACGCGUCCGAGUACGCGGCCGCCGACCCUGCCGCUGCUGACGACGGGCCAGGCCCAGGAGGCAAGCAGCACGGCGCCCGCGGGUUCUGCUUGCUGACGAGCGGGUACGCGGUCCCGAUGAUCCGGCUCAGUGACGUCCCGCCAGGGGGCGCCACCAGCAUCCUGACCAUCGACGACCCCGACGAGUACGCCGUGGUGUUCAACAACUGCCAGGACGGCGUCGAGGUCACCAUGGACGUGCGCACCGAGAUGUACAACGUGCGGCCGGGCGGCGGCGACAAAGCAGCAGGCCUUCUUAUAAGGGACUACCUCCCCGUGGGGCUCCAGCCGCUGCCGACCAUCUACACCGUCGUCUCCGCGGUGUACUUGGCGUUCCUGGCGGCGUGGGCCUGGACGUGCCUGCGGCGGCAGCGCGCCACCGCGGAGCGGAUCCACGCUGUCAUGGGCGCGCUGCUGCUGUUCAAGGCGCUCAAGAUGGCCUGCGCCGCCGAGGACAUGUGGUACGUGGAGCGCACGGGCACGCCGCACGGCUGGGACGUGGCCUUCUACGUCUUCGGGUUCUUCAAGGGCGUCCUGCUCUUCACCGUCAUCGUCCUCAUCGGCACCGGCUGGUCCUUCCUCAAACCGUACCUUCAGGAUCGGGAGAAGAGCGUGCUGAUGAUAGUGAUCCCGCUGCAAGUGAUCGAGAACCUGGUGCUGGUGGUGAUCGGCGAGACGGGCCCGACGGGGCGGGACUGGGUGGUGUGGAACCAGGUGUUCCUGCUGGUGGACGUCAUCUGCUGCUGCGCCGUCUUCUUCCCCAUCAUCUGGUCCAUCCGGGGCCUGCGCGAGGCCUCCAAGACGGACGGCAAGGCGGCGCGCAACCUGCAGAAGCUCACGCUCUUCAAGCGCUUCUACAUUGUCGUCGUCGGGUACCUCUACUUCACCCGGAUCAUCGUGUCCGCCUUCCUCGCCGUGCUCAGCUACAAGUACCAGUGGGUCGUCAACGUCGCCAUCGAGGCCGCCAGCUUGGCAUUCUACCUCUUCGUGUUCUACAACUUCCAUCCGGUGGAGAAGAACCCGUAUCUGUACAUUGCCGACGAGCAGGAGGAGUCUGCCGGUGGGCAGCUCGAGAUGGACGACCGUGCUUUCUGAGAUUUUUAAUUCAUGCGAGGCGUGCCCGUUUCGAUGUUUUGUGUACGAUGCUAUGUAUACUCCGUAUUACUACUAUUACUAGUUAGCUACCUGCUUUGUACAGCUAAAUCUGUUGUUCAGAUCUUCAGAUUGAUCACCUGCAGCUUGAAACUGUGAUACGAUCGAGGUAUAUAGAUGCUUUGCCCCUUUUGUA